ACAGGUGCUAUUGAUGGGGAAGAGUGGGUCUGGGAAGACCAGCAUGAGAUCUAUUAUUUUUGCAAAUUACAUAGCACGGGACACUCGUCGUUUGGGGGCUACAAUUGAUGUCGAACACUCUCACGUGCGAUUCUUGGGUAACCUGGUAUUAAAUCUUUGGGAUUGUGGUGGUCAGGACACGUUCAUGGAGAAUUACUUUACCAGUCAGCGGGACAACAUAUUCCGCAACGUUGAAGUUCUCAUCUACGUUUUUGACGUUGAGAGCCGUGAACUGGAGAAGGACAUGCAUUACUAUCAGUCCUGUUUAGAAGCCAUCUUGCAGAACUCUCCGGAUGCCAAGGUGUUUUGCCUGGUGCACAAGAUGGAUUUGGUGCAGGAAGAUCAGCGAGAUCUGAUAUUUAAGGAGCGAGAGGAGGAUUUGAGGCGUCUCUCCAGACCUUUGGAUUGUGCGUGCUUCAGGACCUCCAUUUGGGAUGAAACGCUAUACAAGGCCUGGUCCAGCAUCGUCUAUCAGCUCAUUCCCAACGUGCAGCAGCUGGAAUCCAACCUGCGUAACUUUGCUCAGAUCAUCGAGGCUGAUGAAGUGCUGCUAUUCGAGAGAGCGACUUUUCUGGUAAUAUCCCACUACCAGUGCAGGGAACAGAGGGACAUCCAUAGGUUUGAGAAGAUUAGCAACAUUAUAAAACAGUUCAAAUUAAGCUGCAGUAAACUGGCUGCCUCUUUCCAGAGCAUGGAAGUUCGGAAUUCCAAUUUCGCUGCCUUUAUAGAUAUCUUCACAUCCAACACUUAUGUCAUGGUGGUGAUGUCCGACCCCUCAAUUCCUUCAGCUGCAACUUUAAUAAAUAUCCGAAAUGCAAGGAAACACUUUGAGAAGCUGGAACGCGUGGAUGGUCCUAAACACAGCCUUCUCAUGCGCUGA